AUGUACAAAGGUUUCCGUCUGGGCAAGUCGGAAGUGUGGUUCGCGUCGCCCAUCGUCCAGCUCCUGAUGGUAGCCAUGGUUUGCUUCCUGUGCCCCGGCAUGUUCAACGCUCUCACCGGUCUCGGUGCCGCCGGGCAGGUUGAUCCAGGCGCGCAAAACGACGCCAACACGGCCCUCUAUUCCACCUUUGCCGUGGUCGCCUUCUUCUCGGGCACCGUCACCAACAUCUUCGGAGUGAAACCAACACUGGCUUUUGGGACCCUCGGAUACUGCAUCUACGCUGCCAGCUUUUUGAGCUACAAUCACAACCAGAACCGCGGAUUCGUCGUCUUUGCGGGAGCGUUCCUCGGCAUCUGCGCCGGUCUGCUGUGGACCGCCCAGGGAACCAUCAUGAUGAGCUAUCCGUCCGAAGACAAGAAGGGGCGGUACAUAUCCUGGUUCUGGAUCAUCUUCAAUCUCGGAGCCGUCAUCGGGUCGCUGGUGCCGCUCGGCCAAAAUAUCGAUGCGAUAGGCGCCACCGCGGUCAACGACGGGACCUACAUCGGCUUCAUUGUGCUCAUGCUCAUCGGCGCUGCUCUCGCCCUUUUGCUCUGCAAUGCCAGGAGCGUCAUCCGCCACGACGGCAGCAAGGUCAUCUUGAUGAAGAACCCCAGCUGGAAGACGGAGAUCAAGGGAUUGGUCGAGACUAUCACCCUGGCACCCUGGGUCAUCCUGCUGUUCCCCAUGUUUUUCGCCUCCAACAUCUUCUACACCUAUCAGCUCAACGACAUGAACCUCCAAUUCAACACGCGUGCCCGGACGCUCAACGGUUUGCUGUACUGGACCAGUCAGAUCAUUGGAGCCUCCAUUUUCGGCUACGCUCUUGAUAUCACCAGGUUCCGUCGGUCGGUGCGCGCCAAGGCGAGCUUGGUUGUGCUAUUCAGCUUGACAUUUGUCAUUUGGGGCGGUGGCUGGGCCUGGCAAAAACAGCAAGUCCCUCGAGAAAUUCUGGAGGAUGAAAGCUUGGAGCAUAGAAGAAUUGACUGGCAAGAUGGUGGAGAGAAGUACAUCGGACCCAUGUUUUUGUUCAUGUUUUAUGGGUUUUACGAUGCCGCGUGGCAGACUUGCAUUUACUGGUAUAUGGGUGCUCUCAGCAACUCUGGUCGCAAAGCUGCCAAUCUCGCUGGUUUCUACAAGGGAAUUCAGUCUGCCGGUGCGGCCGUCUUUUGGCGCUUGGACGGGCUGAAGACACCGUUCAAUACCAUCUUUGGAGUCACCUGGGGUCUGCUUGCUGCCGCGCUGCUGUUCGCCGCGCCUGUUAUCUGGCUCAAGGUGAAAGACACCGUGACUGCCGAAGAAGACUUGAAGUUCAGCGAUGAGACCAUUGCGGACGUUAGGGCUACAACAGACGCCAGCAGGGAGGCUGCGUGA